AACUUACAAGGAUAUAUGGUUAUGGCCACGGGCAUCUCAUGACCUACAGCUACAGAAAAUAUGGUCAGAUAAUAGAUAACAAUCAGCUCAUCUAGCUUCCCGACUCAACCAUCAGACAUAACCUAUCUACCUCUUACCGAUCCUUUGGCGAUCCCGUUCUAUCGUAUUGAGCAUUGAAGCGAACUCGAACUGCCAGACCAGCAUGAUGCAGCACCCACAGAUGAUGCAGCGGCCACUAGGUCACCCCAUACCUGGACAACCCAUGAUGGACCCCAGACAACGUCUGACGCAACAGCAGCAGCAACAACUUCAAGCGCAAUCUCAAGCACGUCCGCCCCCACCCCCACCACCUCAUAUCUUCGCUCCUCAGCCGGAUGCGCUUCCCACCCUGCGACCUCCUCUUCCAGUAGAUGCUGAGCCUACGUUCGAGGACUUGCGGAAUAUGACCACAAUCGAUAUGGCCAUCGCGAGAUAUCGAGCGAAACACGGGCAUAUGAACGAGAUCUUUGAUCCGCGGAGUGUCGCUAGUAUCGAGGCCAGUUCGAAAUCGGUCGUCAAGCCAGUAGAUCUCGCCACAUUAGAAGCCCAAGCAAAACAACUCGAACAAGCCAACCUCGAACUAGAACACCAGACCGUUCAGCGGCUCGCUUCUGCGAAGGAACGGUUCGAAGCCAUCUCGAGGGGUGAAACGGUCAGCCCUGAGCGAGAUGUGAAUUCAGAUGGAGAGAAGGAUGCGGAGAAGAAGGUGGAUGUGGAUAUGGUCCAGGUGGAGACCUGGCCUUCGUUCGAAGGCAGACGGGCAUGAAAGAGCGGUUCAGGUUGUAUCAGUAUCCGAGCGCCUUUUUCUGUAAGGCCGAAUGACCGACGAGUCGACGGGGCAAGACCCAGCGAUGAAUAGCAUGAA